AUCACAUUUUUAAAGAUCAAUCACUAUAAGGUCAAGGUCAGAUAAAACCUGCCAUACAGACAUUUUACCUCACAAUUAUUCCAUACACCAAAGAUAGUUAACCUAUGGCUUAUGGUAAUUGAAAAACAGACAAAAACACAAAAAUUUAAAAUUGACCAAUGAACCAUGAAAAUGAGGUCAAGGUCAGAUUAUACCUGCCAGACAGAUGUAAACCUUACAAUCAUUCCAUACAUCAAAUAUAGUUGACCAACUGCUUAUGAAAAACAGACCAAUACACAAAAACUUAACAUUGACCACAGAACUAAAAUAAAUAUUACAUCAUAACCUAGCAAGUCAUUACGGCAAGCUUGCAAAAUAGGAUAAACUAUUCUUUACAGCUGACACUAAAAUGAACACAAUAUGAAUAAAAAACUGGUUUUGGGUAUUUGUUAAUAGACUACAACCUAACAACAAAAUAAAACCCCAAAAGACAUUUAGAUAUCAAGAUAUGACUGAACAUUAGACAAGUCUGUCAAUCUGUUUAUCAGCCCAAGUUAAUAACUUGACAAGUCACAUAUAAACUUGACAGAGACUACAAAAGAUGUGCCAUCAAGACAAAUUUCUUUUAAAUAUUAAAGGUAUUUAGGUAAUGACAUGGAAGAAGAUGAAGAAGAAGACAAGUACGAGAUAUUUCCUUGGGCACUUGGUCAAAAAUGGCAGGACAAAUUUCCACGAUUUCUCAGAAAGCGAGAUAAUCUUUGGGCAAAGAUUAACUAUAUGGCACUUGUUAGUAAACGAUGCUGUGAAGAGAUUAUGGCAAUAGAUAUCAGUCAUCCAGUUUGGAAACGUAGCAGAGCUUUACAUCAUGCUGGAGCUAUUAGAGGUUACAUGAAGGAUCCUGAUGAUGAUGGAUAUCCUAGAGGUCCUCAUGCUUCUCCAAAACGUUGUGAAGAGUGUGAUCAUGACAGCCAGUAUGAUUCUGCUAGUCCUGCUAGUGCAUCAUGGUACAUUUCUUCAGGUGACAACUCGCCUGAUGAAAUCUUUGAUGAACCUAGAAAAUCAAGAUUUGAUAUGAAUAGACUGAAGAAAACAUUACAAGAAGAUAAUGAUGCAUGGCCAUCUGUUGAAGAGUAAACAUAAACUUCAAAUAGUACCAUAAUGUCAUACUUUUAAAAUAUGGACAAUAUUGUAUAAAAAUGUUCUUGUAGUGAAAAAUCUGUGAUACUUUCUGAGUUCAUUACAUUAUUCAUUUGAAAAUAAGACUUGCUUUUAGAGAUAUGUGGAUUGCGUCCAUUGCAUCAGUCUUCACACUUAACCCAUUGAGGCCCAACAGCCAAGGUUUGUAAAAUUGCUUUCGGGCCUAUAAAAAUCAUCUCUGCAGGCCAAUAGAAUCAAAAUAAAUAUUUUGUUAUGGGCCUGUAUAUUAAAAUUUUAUUGUGAAGACUGUUGCAUUUAUAGAAGAAUCAUCAUUUAUGUAUAAUAUAAUUUCUAUGAACAAUGAUAAUCGAUAAAUAACUUUAAAUGAGAUCAAUUUAUAAACAUUAAUUGCAAAUACUUACAUUGUGGUAAAUUUGUCUACAGUCUUAUUGUUAAAAAGUUGACACUAGUAUAUAAGUUUUAUUGUAAAGCUCUUAUGCAGCUUAAAGAAGAAUAUUUCCUGAUCAAUUAAGUUACUUUUUAUAACAGAACAAAUUUUACAAAUAGUCCAUGAAGAAUAUAAAACUAUGUCUCCACAUGAAACAAACACUAAAAACCCUAAGCUAAUGGACAGUGCCUUAAUCUAGAUAUAAUUAUUCAGUAAAAUACAAUAUCUCUGCCCAAAAAUUAGGAAGUGCAAUAAAUGUAUAACUGUAUUUUCAUAUAAAGUUUAUUUUGUUUCUUGUGAUAAUUAAAUGACAUAAUUUCAAUCUUGAUGAAAAAAUUACAUUUAUAAUGUAAAAUAAUAUAAAAAAUGUUAGAAACCAUUCCUUUUACUUUAUACAUGAUUUUUUAUCAAUAACAGCAAAAUUUUGACAGCUCCUGCUGACAAUGUCUAUGUUAAUCAAUUAACUUCAAACUAAAAUCUUGAAGAUUGUAUUUCAAGAAACAGUUUAUGAUUUAGCUUUAAAUUGUCUAAAUUGCAGAACAAUAUGACAACCCAAAACAUGUGCCAGUACAUAAAAUCACCAAAAAUAGAGAGAAAAAUGACCUGUUAUUACAGCUCUACAGUUUUAUUCAAGAAAUGCUAAAUAAUCAUGAAAUGGAGUGGAGUAAUUGUUGGUAUUGGAUUGGUAAUGAUAGCCUUAUUAUCAGCAGGAAAACACAUUUUAUUUAAGGAAAAAUUGUUCCGUUAGGUUUCCCCUACUGUCUUUUAAUGUCAGCUUCCAAGUUUAAACCAUUUAUAUCAUUGUUAUUAAACUAUGAAAUAUAUAGAUUUGAUUUGAUUUUUGGUGUUUCAAAGCCACUUUUAAGCACAGCUUUUGGGCUAUUUCGUGGCGGCCAGUUUUUAUUGGUGGAGGAAGCCGGAGUGCCCGGAGAAAACCACUGACCUUCGAUAGGAAAACUGACAAACCUAGUCAAUUAAGAUUGGAGUCGAGAGCACCCGCACAAGUGGGGUUAGAACUCACAACCUCAGUGUUGACUGGCUA